CGUGGCCCUGGGAGUAGCGAAGGGGUUAAGCCGUCCCAGCACGUCUCGGGGGAGGCAGGGUCUGGUUAUCUGCUGCAGGAGGCAGAGGAACUCACACAAGCCGAUUAACUUUGUGCCUGUCCUGUGGGAAACGGCGAGUUCCCUGCUCCUCUCCCCGCCGGAGUUAAAACCCAAGAGAUCCCCGGGGAGGGGGACAGAAAUGUCCCUCUUCCCUGGCGGCUGCUUGUCCCUCCGGCAGAACAUCGCGGAGAAACGUUCCUGGGCACCACCAAGUGGGAGACCCGCCUGCUGGCUCUAACCCCCGGGAUUGAUCUCCAAGCGGGGAGCCCCCCCCCCCGUGGGGUGUCUCCAAGACUCCCUCAGCCACGAUGCCCCCCUGGGCCACCUCGUUCCUGCUGGGGCUGCUGUUCCGGGGCUGCCUCGGCCACAGCAGCCUCACCGGCGCCCCCCGUGUCUACCUAACCUACAAAGAGCUGCUGGAGACUCGGACAGCCCGUCCUUUCAGCUUCACCUUCAACACGAGUGACUAUCGGAUCCUGUUGAUGGACCAAGACCAGGAACGGCUUUACCUGGGGGCACGGGACUUCUUGGUGGCCUUGGAUCUGCACAACAUUAACAAGGAGCCCCUCAUCAUCCACUGGCCAGCACUACCGAGCCACCAGAACGAGUGCCGCUUGGCAGGGAAGGGCCAGCGGGGCGAGUGUUUCAACUACAUACGACUUAUGCAGCCCCUGAACCGCACCCACCUCUACGCCUGUGGCACAGGGGCCUACCACCCUCUCUGCGCCCUCAUCAACCGUGGCUGGCGCUCAGAAGAGUACCUCUUCCGCAUGGUGCCUCGUUCCCUGGAGCCAGGAAAGGGGAAGUGCCCUUACGACCCACGGCAGCACAGCAUGGCUGUGCUUGUCAACAACACCUUGUAUGCUGGAGUGCAUGUGGAUUUCAUGGGCACCGAUGCCGCCUUGUUCCGUACCAUGGGGCCUCGCCCAGCUGUCCGCACGGAGCAACACGAUUCCCGCUGGCUCUAUGACCCUGUUUUCCUUCAAGCCCACGUCAUUCCUGACAGCUCCGACCACAAUGAUGACAAGCUCUAUUUCUUUUUCCACGAGAAAGCGCUUGAGGGUGCCGUGGGGCCUGCUGUGCUUGCUCGGGUGGGACGGGUUUGCCUGAAUGACGAUGGGGGGCAGCGCUCCUUGGUAAACAAGUGGACGACGUUCCUGAAAGCCCGCCUUGUCUGCUCCGUGAUUGGCCAGGAUGGCGUGGAGACCUUCUUUGACGAACUGCGCGAUGUUUUCCUGCUGCCCACUCAGGAUGAAAAGCACCCACUGCUCUAUGGGGUGUUCUCCACACUGGGGUCAGUGUUCCGGGGCUCUGCUGUCUGUGUUUACUCCAUGGCUGACAUACGCACAGUCUUCAAUGGGCCCUUUGCCCAUAAGGAGGGCCACAACUACCAAUGGGGCCCCUACACAGGCCGUGUGCCAUACCCACGCCCUGGAGCGUGUCCUGGAGGAACCUUCACCCCAGGGCUCCGUACCACGCGAGAAUUAUCUGAUGAGCUGGUGACCUUUGUGCGUGCCCACCCUCUGAUGUACAAUGCUGUUUACCCGCUGCAACGCCGCCCCCUGCUGGUGAGAACCAAUGUGCCCUACAGCUUCACUACAUUGGCUGUUGACCUGGUGGAUGCGGUGGACGGGCGCUACGAGGUGCUCUUUCUUGGCACGGACCAGGGCACGGUGCAGAAGGUGAUUGUGCUGCCCAAGGAACAGGGUGUCCUGGAAGAGCUGACACUGGAGGAAGUGGAGGUGUUCAGGACCCCAGCUCCAGUGAAGACACUGUGGAUAUCCUCCAAAAGGCAACAGCUGUAUGUCUCCUCUGAUGUGGGCGUUUCCCAGCUGAGCCUGCAUCGAUGCCGCGAAUAUGGGGAAGCCUGUGCCGACUGCUGCCUGGCCCGAGACCCCUAUUGUGCUUGGGACGGGCAACGCUGCACUCGCUACAGCCACACAGGCAAGAGGAGGAGCCGGCGCCAGGACAUCAAACAUGGUGACCCUCUGAGGCAGUGCCGGGGUUUUAAUGCCAAGGAACAACAAUUACCAGAGCAUGUUCAAUAUGGACUGGAAGGUGGAAGUGUAUUUUUGGAGUGUGAGCCACGUUCUCCUCAUGCUUCCAUCAAAUGGCUUAUGCAAGCAGAUAAUUCCGACAAGCGCAAGGUGCUGCCCCGGGACCGUGUGCUACUACGAACACCUCAAGGUGUGCUGUUAGGUCCAGUGACACCUGCCGAUGGUGGGCUCUACCAGUGCAUAGGCACAGAAAAUCGGUUCCGCCACACACUGCGCCGUCUUCGUUUGCACAUACUGCCACAUGCCUUGCUUGAAGGGGCCAUCACCCAGCAGGAGGCACCUGCUCUUGGCAUUUGUGAGAGCUACUGGCGACAGCUCAACAGAGCCCGAGACACACGGCGUGGACGGAGUGGCCGCCAGUCUCAGACUGGACCAAGCUUGUGGGACUCUGAACAGCAAGCCAACUGGUAUAAAACCAAUCAGUACUCUCUCAACUGGACCAGAAGUAGCCCCCCUCACUCCCAAAGCAGCCAUCACCACCGCUCCAAGCCAUGGACAGGCCAUCGGUCCCCUCCUCGAAGCUGAGCAGAGUGGGAAGGAAAGGAGAGGGGGAGACUUUAACCCACAUUCUAUAGGGCAAGAGAGAAAUGACAUUCCAAUGGACUCUAUGGAAGAGCUGGGUGGAUACAGCGAUGGGGACAACUCCUCCUCCUCACAAUGCUGAAGGGACAACACUGUUGCUAACAGGGUGUGUUGUGCUGUGUGUUCAAGCUAAUUCCAGGGUUUUGCAGGACCAGGGCCCACUGGCUCUUUCCGCAGAUGUAUAUAAUGACAAGUGGUGAUUCCAGGGGCUUUGGUUUAGAGUCUAUUUUUUACAUUGCUCAUUUCCCCCUCUAACAUGGCUGAGUUGUUUUUCCUACCAUGGUAGGGAAAUUGUGGGACUUACUUUAACAUUAACCCCAUUAUUUUAUUAACCCUGUACUGCAGAAGCAGAUUGCAGACAAUAAAAGUGCCAGUUUAUUUUCUAAAUAAAAUGCAUAAGGGCCCUGGUGACUUUGUGAAAGGAGGAACAUUCCCAUGCAUUGCAAUCCCAAUGUUAUAGGAAAAAUAGGUUCAAGACUGCAUUCUGUUAAGGGGUCAAGGGAAGUGUUGGAGAGGAAAAAAUGGCAUUUUAGCUCUUUGCUAACAAGCUUAUUAAACUGAUCUCCAGAUUCAACAGAGGAAAAAAACCCUUCCUCCAUGGUUUUUGUUUAGGCUGUGGCUAAGUUAAAGCAAGUAUGGGUAAUUUGCAUAAAGUUUCAGAAGCCAGAGCUCUGGUGCUAUAGCACCUGUCCUUCAUGCCAAUGCCAGUUCAGCUACUGGCUCAGGACUGCAGGUUGUUCAGACACCAGAAACUACUAAGUUAUUCCAGCACUGACUACUAUAGUAACUUCUCUAGAAUGUGCCCCUUGUCGUCUGUGGCAAGGAUGACAUCCUCUUCAGCCCCUUUGUCAAACCUGUGUGUGAAAUUUGUUUUAAAAAACCUUUAUCUUGCCUUUCCAAUUCUAAGGAAAGCUAAAGGCAGCUUACACAAGAGUUGAAACAACUGCCUUGCCUCAUAGGUAUUGGAGACCUCUUCCCUGGCUCUUUCAUACACUCCUUGGACUGUUAAGCAGCCUCCCCGCCGUUUUGGUGACUGGCCAAAAUGCUCACUUGCUUGCCUGGCAGCCUUGAUCUUAUGCUCUCCUCUAGUCAUUGGCAGACAUUACAUGGAGAGCAAGAACCUAAGUAUUUUCUUGUGGUGGAAAUGUGCCCCAGCACAUUUCUACACUGAAGUUCUACUUAGCGUGAUAGGUCUAGCCUCUAAGAGUUUAUGUAAUGCUUUUUUAAAAUGCCCUCAGCUCAGGUUUCUUACCAUAGCUUGUAGUAAUAAAGCCUAUGAGUGACUGACACACUGUGCAAAGUAAUAUUUACAGAGUCUGGAAGAGCCCUUCCUAGUCUUAUUCUGGA